CACCUAAUGAACGCGAACAAGACACACUACCACGGUCAUGUCUUGUUUGUGUAACUUGAAAGAGAUUUUCGUAACAUAAGGCUGUGUUUGUCUCGCCAAAGUGACACUGUCUGCGACGCACGCAGUUAGACGUAGAUAUGUUUUCUAAAGUGAGCGAAAGCUUGGCCAGAGGUUUGGUUCGUUUUCCCGGUGGUUUACAUGCAAGGACGGCGAGACUACUCCCACCCGUGUUCUGCAAACACCAGCACCGGACCCUCAGCACCGAGUCCGCAGGUGUCAGGGUGCUGUAUGACGGGCUGUGUCCCAUCUGUGUGACAGAGAUCCGCUUUAUGCAGUUUCUGCAGAAGAACCGGUCUGGAGUGGUGCAUUUCGUUGAUAUCUCGAAGCCAGGCUACGACGGUGCACAGUACAAGGAUGUCAGCUACGAGAUGGCCAUGGACGAAAUGCAUGUGAUCGAUGACAAGGACGAGGUUCACCGCGGCGUUCCAGCCUUUGCCGUCAUGUAUGGAGCAGUAGGUCUCGGCUGGUUGGGACGCUUCAUGAUGUGGGCGCCCGUGAGGCCGUUCAUGGACAAAUCCUACGCCAUCUUUGCCAAGAACCGCCUUAAGUGGACGGGCCGUGAGCGCUUAUUCCACCUGGGUUGUCUAGAUUAUGUCAAGACCUGGGACCAGAAAAUUUCUGGAGGAGGACGCGUGAAGACGGAGGAACACAUGUCAUGUUUUAGGUUCUUGCUGAAUAUGCAACCUGAAUCACUGCAAUCAGUCUAAGGUCUGCUCACCACAUCUGCCCAAAUAUGGGUCGCUACCUUAGCUCCACCAUAUGUUCCACCUCAGUAAAAAGGACUUUGAAAUCCUACAGCAGGAUUAGAUUUGCAAUGAGACUUAUUACAAGAGGUCAUUCUUUGGCCAGGGAGCCACUCUGCUUGCACUCCAACACGCAUUCACAGCUGCCAUCCCCCCAACUUUUGAGAUUUGAAUGUGCUUUAAAAAAUCUAAGCCGAAGCGAUACAAGCUUUUCCUCUUCCCGCUUCUUAAGAGACUUUGCCAAAGAAGCAAGACACCUCCACACCGUGCGCUUUUAUUCAUCUUCUGAUAGGGACGCUUUCAAAGCAGAAGCUCCCGUUGGGAUUUUUGAUGAGGCCCUGAACAGUUUUCAUUUGAGUUCACUGGGAGGGCGUCUCGGCCGGUCAUUCAAUCGGCUGUCCAGACACAUUAAUGUUUAUUUCAAGAGAAAAGAUGUUGUGGCAUUCACUGAAAAUACCAGCUUUAUUGUCGCUGCUCCUGAGGGUCUAGUCCAGCCGCCCAGGCGCAGGCAUAGUCAAAGGACAGCCACAGAUCAAAUUAUAUCUGAAAGCAAGGGAAUAAAGCCGUCCUUGAAAAGCAGUGGCAAACAGGAAAACUCAGAUAAAGGCAAUUCCGUCCCGGAAAGGCCUGGACCACAGCUAUUUCACAUCAGCUCCUUGACGACAAGAUUUGGCGAAAGCUACAGUUAUUUGGCUCAUCACAUCAACUUGGUGUUCUCCCAGCACUAUGAAAAAGUUCAAAAGCAGGAAACUUUUGAAACCGCCUCUUCCACCAGACGUACAAAUAGGAAGCAGAGGAGGAAAAAAAUGCAAAACCCGAUCGAGUCAUCUGAGGUCAAAUUCAGCGGUGUGCAGACAACAGGGAAACACAGCAAUGUCUCCAGCAGCUGGGAGGAGGGAUACCUUCAUUUUGCAAGACACAUCAAUAAAUACUUUGGUGCUAAAGUUACAGACGAACCAAAAAACAGGAGAGAAGAAAUUCCAGGUGAAAAGACAAACAAUAAGAAGAACUUCCCAACUCCAUCUAUCGCACAAACCCGUGGUACAGGGUCACAGCAAGGGCAAGAACUGAUCAAUCCCAAAAGUGACGGCCUUUUCCACAGCAGCUCAAACACCACCAACUUUGGAGAAAACUAUUUUCAGACUUCCGGUCAUAUUAAUCAGUACUUCAAAAGUGUAAGUCGACAGGACGUUGACAUUGACAGUCCAAAGAUGGACGCCAAAACCUCAAAUCCUCCUGAGAAGACCAAAUCUUUCAUGGACGUACUUCGCGAUCCUACAAGUGCCAUUCCAGGUCUGCUGGGGUCUUUUCUAAAAAUGGGCCCGUUGUCCCAGACUACAAAACCAAACAACGUGACCUCACUGCACACGAUAUUAAAUAAAAGGCUCGUCUUGAGUCACAGGCAGGCAGAGGAGGAAACCCAUAGAUUGAUCAUCAGCCUGGGACUGGCUUCAACUUUAGAGGCUACGACUUCCUGCGUCGAGGCGCUCAACGAACAUCUCAUACGCUACCCAUCAUGCAAAGCGUUAAUCUGGCAGGAGAAAGCUGCAGUGACAUUGCUGAGACAGCGGCGAGCCUACAGACGAGAUCAAGGACUUCAGGCCGCCUUGAGGGAAGCCUUGGCUCUGAUUGGCUACACGGAUCAAGUCAAGGGCCACGGCAUUAGAGUGCUGUCCAUCGACGGGGGAGGCACGAGAGGUGUGGUGCCUCUGCAGGUCUUGAAGCUGCUAGAAAAUGAGACUGGGAAGAAGAUUCACCAGCUGUUUGAUUAUAUCUGUGGCGUGAGCACAGGAGCCGUCCUUGCCUCUAUGUUGGGUCUGGCCCAUUAUUCUCUUGACGAGUGUGCUGACAUGUAUCGCCGGUUUGGCUCGGAAGUCUUCCAGCAAAACCCACUGGUUGGAACAGUGAAGAUGGGCUGGAGUCACUCUUAUUACAACACUGAAACCUGGGAGAGAAUUUUACAGGAGAAGCUGGGCAGUAAGAUACUUAUAAAAACAGCCAGAGACGAACUGAGUCCUAAGGUUUCAGCUGUCAGUGCAGUGGUGAAUUGGGGUACCAGUCCAAAGGCGUUUGUGUUUCGUAACUAUAACCACAAACCCGGCUCUCUCAGCCGCUAUGCAGGGAGCUCAGGCUACCAGAUGUGGCAGGCAGUGCGGGCGUCGUCAGCCGCUCCCGGAUACUUCCAGGAGUUCCCCAUACAGAGUGACAUUCAUCAGGAUGGGGGGAUAAUCCUGAACAAUCCCUGCGCUUUAGCUGUCCACGAGAGUCGUUUGCUGUGGCCCAAUCAGCCCUUCCAAUGCGUUCUCUCCCUGGGCACCGGUCGCUAUGACAACGCUAAGAGAGGACCUGUCACCUCCACAAGCCUGAGGGCCAAAAUCAGCAACCUGAUCUGCAGUGCCACAGACACAGAGGGGGUCCAUACCCUGCUGGAUGAACUCAUGGCCCCAGACGUCUACUUCCGCUUCAACCCCAUGCUGAGCGCAGAGGUGUCCCUGGACGAGAACCGGCCGGGGGCCCUGAACCAGCUGCAGAGGGACACGCAGAGCUACCUGGAGAGAAACCGACUCAAAUUGGCCAGGCUCUGUUUGGUGCUGGGACCAGAGCGCUCCUCUGUGGGCAGAGCUAAGGACUGGAUGAGUGAGAGGGCCUGGGAGAUGAGGCAGAGGCUCAUGUGAGUUAACAAUUAUAUACGCAUGUACAGAAUCAAAAUGACCUAAGGGUAAUUCAACACUUUAUGCACAUUAAUUUGCACAUACCUUUGUUUUUGUUGUCUUUUUUAAUAUAAAAGCUUUACGAUGUAAAGAUUUUUUUGCUUUUUUUUCUAUUUAUAAAAAGUACUGUAUUUAUACACUAUACUUGGGGGUCUCAGCCAUCAUCCAGCUUUCCCACUGUUACUUUGUGCCAUGAUUAUGCUUUCGAGCGGCAAUAGUUUAUAUAUUCCAGUUCUCCUAACCUCUCCAACCAAAUUCCAUCUGUAUGUCUGCCAUUGCAAAAGCUACAUUAAAGGAGGGGCCAUGUAGGCAGAUCUAGCCAGGCAUGAUUAUUUGCAUUGGUUGUUGCCAAAAUUUUCUCCCCACCAUCUACUCACAAAUUGUUUUAGAAACUUGCUAUCUUUUCAAGGACAUAACUUCAUUGCUACUUCUACUUCUUCAAAAUCCCACAUAAAACAGUGUUCAAAGAAAACUAUGGAUGCUAC